AUGGCUGUUCUUGUCAUCCCGGAUCAGUAUGGCUACGUCCUCCUCGCCGCCGUCUCCACCUUCCUAGUCGGCUCCUGGCACGGUCUCCGCGUCGGCAGCUACCGCAAAGCUGCCAAGGUCCCGUACCCCUUCGAAUACGCGUCCUACGAGCAAAUCCAGACCGCAUCCCCAGCCUCCAAAAACGCCAUGAUACUCUUCAACUCGGCGCAGCGCGCGCACCAGAACUUCAACGAGAACCACCCCAUCGCCCUCGGCUCCAUGCUCAUCUCGGGUCUCAAGUAUCCCAGUGCCACAGCCAUUCUGGCCGCGGUGUGGAGCGUCAAUCGUGUCGUUUAUGCGCUGGGGUAUACGAAUGGGACUGAGGCGGGUAAGGGCAGGUAUUAUGGGAUUCUGUGGUUUUUGGCUCAUCAUAUUAUGAUGGGUAUGGCGGGUAAGGCUGCUUGGGAUGUCGCUAUGGCGUAG